GCAGGAGAUGGUUGGAUCAUGUGGUCAGCGACCAUGUUCUGAAACACAAAUAUGCUUACCCGGAAAAGACAAUCCCAAAUGCAAAGAGAGAGUUAUAGCAACAGAUUGUGCAGACGUUCAAUAUCAUUUCCCCACUGCGAUCAGCGGGCAACAUAAAAUAAAACUAUGGAAGUCACGUGACUUAUUGACAGUUGUCUGUGACAUGGAGACAGAAGGUGGAGGAUGGACGGUGUUUCAGAAUCGUUUUGAUGGUUCUGUCGACUUUUACAGAAAUUCAACUGAAUAUGAAAACGGAUUUGGUAGUCUGGAUAAAGAGUUUUGGCUAG